AUGUCCUCCAGCACGGCCCCUGAAAAUGCUGUCUCCAAUGCCCGCAUAACCUCUCCCCCUAACCCGAAAUCCAAACCUGAGAUAAUCGACGACAAAUCCCCCCACUGUAUCCCGUUCAUCCUGCGGCAGCUCUCCCUUCACCAAUCCUCCCCUCAAAAUGCGAACAAGCCAUUCUUCAUCGGCCUCAACGGCGUCCAAGGCGCCGGGAAAACAACCCUCGUUUCCACGCUCUCGUCCCUGCUCAGCACACCACCACACUCCCUCCCCGUCCUCGUCUGCUCAAUCGACGACCUCUACUUAUCCCACUCUGCCCAACUCGCCCUCGCGGAAGAACACAAUGAGAAUCCCCUAGUGCAGCAUAGAGGCGAGCCAGGGACACAUGACAUGGUCCUCGCGCGGAACCUAUUCGAAGCGUUGAAAAAAGGGAAAGAAGUCAAGGUGCCGGAGUACGAUAAAUCCGCCUACAACGGCCAAGGAGACCGCGUCGCCCCAUGCUCCUGGAAAAGCGUCAACACGCCCUCUCAGCCGAAAAUCCAGGUCGUGAUUUUCGAAGGGUGGUGUGUAGGGUUCCGCACCCUCUCCUCGGACGAAGUGAAGCGUAAAUGGGAGGAAGGAGGCGUGACAUUGGGCAGACAUAGGUUGCAGGAUUUACUUUUCGUGAACGAGAAGUUGAGAGAGUAUGAAGUGUUGAAUGACGCUUUUGAUGCAUUUAUUCAUAUUGAUGCUGAGGAGACCGGGUAUGUGUAUGCGUGGCGGCAGGAACAAGAAGAGGUUUUAAGGAGGGAGAAGGGGAGGGGCAUGAGUAGGGAGGAGGUGGAAAGGUUUGUGGAUGGGUAUUAUCCUGCUUAUGAGCUUUUUACGGAGAAGUUGAGGAUGGGACUGUUCAGUGGGGUGGAUGGGGGGAAGGGGAGGCAGUUGAGAUUGGUUGUUGGGAGGGAUAGAAGGGUUAAGGAGGUUAUUGAGAUUUGA